AAUUUUGUAACUCAUGUGAUAAAGUUGAUUUGAAAUCCGUAUGUGAGAUUAAACUGAAGUGGUUUAUUUAUUUUUUGGACUUUGCUUUUUGAUAUUUUUAUACUUCUGCAAAAGUGCUUGUUUAAUAAAUCCUCGUAAAAUGGAAGUGACAAAAGCCGAAAUUGAUAGUCUCCGUACUGCCUUUUUACAAGAUUUGGAAACCAAAGGGAUAGAUUCAAUACAUCCAAAGGAUUUGGACAGGAUUAAAACCAGUGAUCAUUGGUUGGAAAGGUUUUUAAAACAUAAUGAGAAAAAUCAACAGAUGUCCUUGGAAAUGAUGUGGGAAAGUGUUAAAUGGAGGAAAGAAUUUAAAACCAAUGAAAUAACUGAAGAUAACAUUAAAAAAGAUAUAAUAGUAACAGGAGCGUUUUUCCCUUAUGGUAGAGACAAAGAUGGUUCUACUCUUCUUGUUUUUAAAUGUAUAAAGCACAAAAAAGGGCAAGUAGAUAUGGAAGAUUUGAAAAGAUGUAUUAUUUAUUGGUUUGAGAGGGUUGAUAGAGAAGAGAAUGGAAAUCCUGUUUCCUUAUUUUUUGAUAUGGAAGGUUGUGGAUUGGCCAACAUGGACAUGGAACUGACCAAAUACCUUAUUGGCCUUUUUAAAACAUACUAUCCAUAUUUUCUCAACUAUAUUCUAAUCUUUGAGAUGCCUUGGGUACUUAGUGCCGCGUUCAAGAUAAUCAAAUCUUGGUUGCCAGAAAAAGCUAUAGAAAAAAUAAAGUUUGUGUCCAAGAAGGAUAUUAAAAACUUUGUACCAUUGGAUCAAGCUCUUGUAUGCUGGGGUGGAACUAGCAACUAUCAAUUCAGUUUCAUACCAGAGGAGAAGACACCACUCAAGGAAUUAACAAACAACAACAAAAAGGUCCACUUCAUGGAUGGCGCGCUGAUGUCCGACUCUGCGAACAGCGGUGGUGACAGGGAAAAUGAGGGCGGCGCGCUUAAAGUGCAGCCCAACAGUAUCAUUACCUUCGUCAAAGAAGGAAAUGAACUCACCAGCACGUUGUCGAUUGAAAACACUGACGCCUCAAUUUCACUUUCGUAUAAGUUGAAAACUACCUCGCCAGAAAAGUUCAGGGUGAAGCCAAGCACCGGCAUCUUGCAGCCCUUGGGCAAAGCUACGAUCACCGUUACCCUGGUGGCUGGCUAUCACAUCGGCGGCCUGUCCAAGGACAAGUUCCUGAUAAUGAGCACGGUGCUCGACGCCAACGAGGCGAUGAAGGACGCCGCCGAAAUCUGGAAGAACGUGGGCAACAGAAAGGUGAACCAAGUGCGGAUGCGGUGCGUCCAAAGCGGCGACCUCACCAGAAACGGAAACCUGGAACAGGGCAACGGCGGUGACGCGGAUCAGGAUAUGUUGGGUAAACUGUCGUCGGCCGUUUCCAAGAUCAACGACCACCAGGAGGAAUUGAGUAAGGCGGUCCAACGGACCCAGUACUAUCAGAUUGCUACGGUCGUGUUGAUCGUACUGAUGGCCGCCGUAUUGGGUUUCGUGUUGAGGAACGACAUACGCCAAGUUGCGUUGUCCAGCUCGUACUGUUCGGCACCGCCUCCCCUUCCGAAGCAAUAACUAAAGAUAGCAGGGCCAAGAAACGACAUACCGUUUAGUUAUAGAUUAUUGGAAAGGUUUAUUUAUCAGAUUCUUUAUAUUUUUUGUAAAGUUUACUACGAUUACUUUGGCUAAUAGCAUUUGGCUCCUGCAAACAUACACAAGACAAUAUAGUUACUACUGGUUAAGUCAUAACGUCUUGAUUUUUACAUGUUUUUGUUCUAAUUUUAUAUAAAUAAAUAUUUAUAUAUUGUUUAUAUUUGUUUAAAGUUUGUUUAUAUUUUUAAAUUUUAUAUCAGGUAGUGUGAUAUUGUAACCUACGAUAUGUAACAAUCAUUUAGUAUGGAACUGAUUUAUUUGUAUAUAAUAAAA